UCAUUCAUUCAUUCCUCAAAGUGCAAAACAUGUCGAACCUCUGCGCUAUUUCUUCUUCUUCAAGCUUCAGAUUCAACGUUCAAGCCCAUCCACUUCUCAAAUUCCAUAAUUUUCAGUCAAGGAAGCCUCAAUGCAGAAAUUUCACUCGCAACAUGUCCACCCUUCCUCAAAACCCUAUCGUUGUAGGGUGUGGAGGAGUGUCCGUUGAUUUCUUGGCUACAGUUGCUGCUUACCCUAAACCAGAUGAGAAAAUCAGAACCACCAACUUGAAGGUUCAAGGAGGUGGCAAUGCGGGCAAUGCUUUAACCUGCGUUGCUCGCCUUGGCCUAAACCCAAGGGUUAUCUCCAAGGUUGCUGAUGACAGUCAAGGCAGGGGAAUAUUAGAUGAGCUACAAGCUGAUGGUGUAGAUACAUCCUUUAUUGUGGUAUCUAAAGAAGGAACUUCACCAUUUACAUAUAUUAUUGUGGACAACCAAACGAAGACUCGUACUUGUAUACAUACCCCAGGAUAUCCUCCAAUGAUACCAGAUGAUCUUUCAGAGUCAAGUUUGUUAUCUGCAUUGGAGGGAGCAAGAAUUGCAUAUUUUGAUGGGAGGUUGUAUGAAACUGCUCUAGUUGUUGCUCAUGAGGCAGUUAGAAAGAAUAUACCCAUAUUUAUUGAUGCAGAAAGGCCGAGGGAUGGGCUGGAUGAUCUCCUGAAAUUAGCUGAUUAUGUUGUAUGCUCAGCGAAGUUUCCACAGGCAUGGACAAAGGCAUCAACUGUUCCACAAGCUCUCGUUUCUAUGCUUUUAAGGUUGCCCAACAUCAAAUUUGUGAUUGUAACUUUGGGAAAAGACGGUUGCAUAAUGCUUGAGAGAAGUGUUAAUGCAGGUCCUUCUACGGAAGAAGUGGAUGUAGACAGCUUAUUGGAAUCACUGGAGUCAAGAAAGAAUCAGAGUGUAUCCAUUCCAACCUGCAUAUCAUCAUCAGUUGCAAAACUAAAGGCAGAAGGGAUAGGAGCUGUUAGUGGGAAGUUAUACGUUGGAACAGCUGAGAGCAUUCCACCAUCAGAGCUUAUUGAUACCACUGGUGCUGGAGAUGCAUUUAUUGGAGCUGUUCUCUAUGCUAUCUGUGCCAAGUUUUCACCAGAGACAAUGCUAUCCUUUGCUGCUAAUGUGGCCGCAGCCAAAUGCAGAGAUCUAGGAGCACGAAGUGGUCUUCCUUACCGUUCAGACCCUCGCUUAGCAUCCUUUAUUCAGUAGAUUUUCCAGCUGUCAGUGCCUUUGGUGGCCAAUAUAAAAAAUGUCUUAAUUUACAUAUUUGACUGAAUUGUUUAAAAGAAUAAAUGAUCUUUGAAAGUUAGCCUCAGCUUAAAAAUCUUUUGAUUUUUCACGUUUGAGGGUGGAACUGGACGAACUCUGCUUUUUGUUUUUGCCUUUGCUUUCAAUUGUUUAGUUCUCAUAAUGGGUUACAACAUAUGAUUGUGUUGUGCUCUGCAUUCGUGAUGGAAGCAGUGUAUUAAAAC